AUGAGUGGGUCAGCAGGCAGUGACCUCUCCUGGUGCAGGAUGCCACAUCCAAAUCCACCCAUUUCAUCUUCGGAGCCAGUUCUCUCUUUUUCUUCUUCCUGCAGGAUGAGGACCCUUAUUGGAAGUCUUUAUUUCUACUUCAUUUCUUUCUUAUUCAGUAGAGCCAAUGGAUUCCUAACUCAGAGAACAUCUCCAAUGUCUUCCUUCCCAUUUUAUAACUACUCUUACUUCAACCUCACUUCUGUAUCAGAAGCACAAGCUCCCAAAACAGCAAGAGCUCUCAACUUCUCACAUAAUGCAAUUGAAAAAAUAACCAAAAGAGACUUUGAAGGUUUUGAUGUACUGGAAGCUUUGGACCUUUCCUACAAUCACAUUAAGGACAUUGAACUCGGUGCAUUUGAGAACCUGCUCAGCCUUGUUUCUGUGGAUUUAUCAUUUAAUGAUGAGAAUCUUCUGGUAUCUGAUCUUGCACCUCACCUGAAACUCAUACCAACCAGUGGGGCCUCAGGACCUUCACAGACCUAUAUGUAUUUUCAAAAAUCAGCAGAGGCUGCUCUGGAGCCUCCUACACCAGCUGAACUGCUGCCACAUUUGGAAGAUCCAUCCAAUCCAGGAGAUGUUAGCCCAAGGUUCAGACGAAGAAGAGCAGAGGAAAAUACAACCUCCCCUCCAGCAGCCACGCUGAGGCCUGACGUGUGUGGAGCACCAAUCAAUGGGUUGCUUGACCUAUCAAGGACCAAACUGUCUAAUGAAGAGCUGGAAGCAAAACUGGAUGCAGACCUCUGCCAAGCUAAGCUGGGUGCUGUUUUGGAGUUUAACAUUAGUCACAGCGACCUGGAAAUGGAUCUUCUAUCUCUGUUCGUCCUGUUUUUGCCAAUGAAAGACAUACGGUCCGUUGAUGCAAGCUACAACAAAAUAACAAUUAACAACAUAGACGUUGAAGCAAUCUGUCGCUUCCCAUUCAGCAACUUUUCAUUUCUAAAUAUCAGCAACAAUCCCAUAAACAGGUUGGAAACGAUGUGUCUCCCUCCAACCAUCAAGGUCAUCGAUUUGUCCUUCACAAACAUCAGUACAAUACCUGCAAAUUUUGCUAAAAAGUUAUCUAAACUGGAACGUCUGUAUGUUCAAGGAAAUCAGCUCAUAUACACCGUACGUCCAGACAGCCCCAGCGCAGCCACAAGGCCUCCCCCUGGAACUGUACAUAUCAGUGCCAUUUCCUUUGUCAGAAACCAGGCUGGUACACCCAUCGAAAGCCUUCCAGAGAGAGUGAAGCACCUGAAAGUGUCCAACUGCUCCAUUGUAGAACUUCCAGAAUGGUUUGCCAACAGAAUGCAACAACUGCUAUUUCUGGAUCUCAGCAGCAAUCGCAUUUCCAUGCUUCCUGACUUACCAAUCUCUCUGCAGCACCUCGACAUAAGCAACAGCGAUAUUAAGGUGAUACCCCCCAGCUUUAAAUCUCUCUCCAACUUAACCGUAUUUAACAUUCAAAACAAUAAAAUUACAGAUAUGCAUCCUGAAUACUUCCCGUCGACUUUAACAACAUGUGAUAUUAGUAAAAACAAGUUGAAGGUGCUGGCAUUAACCGAAGCCCUAGAGAACCUCGAAUCGCUUAACGUCUCUGGAAACCUCAUAACCAGACUGGAACCCGCCAGCCAACUUUCUGCACUCACUAACCUGGACAGCAGUCACAACCUGAUUUCAGAACUCCCCGACCACUUUGGGCGAGCUCUCCCGAUGCUGAAGCAUUUCAAUUUAUCAGGGAAUAAGAUCUCCUUCCUGCAGCGCGGCUCCCUCCCAGCUUCUCUGCAGGAGCUGGACAUCAGCGACAACGCCAUCACUACCAUUGUGCAGGAUACUUUUGGACAGCUAACGAGUCUGAGUGUUCUGACUGUUCAAGGCAGACAUUUCUUUUGUAACUGUGACCUGUACUGGUUUGUAAACGUCUACAUCCAUAACCCACAUUUGCAGAUAAAUGGCAAAGAUGAUCUCAGGUGCAGCUUCCCACCGGACAGGCGGGGCUCGCUGGUGAAGAGCAGUAAUCUCACACUUCUGCACUGCUCCCUGGGCAUUCAGAUGGCCAUUACAGCCUCUGUGGCCAUCCUGGUUGUUCUGGUGCUAACUGGCUUAUGUUGGCGCUUUGAUGGGCUGUGGUAUGUGAGAAUGGGCUGGUACUGGUGUAUGGCAAAGAGGAAGCAGUACAAGAAGAGGCCAGAAAACAAGCCCUUCGAUGCCUUCAUUUCAUACAGCGAGCAUGAUGCAGACUGGACAAAAGAGAAUCUACUGAAAAAACUGGAAACUGACGGAUUCAAGAUAUGUUAUCACGAAAGAGACUUCAAACCAGGGCAUCCUGUACUUGGCAACAUUUUUUACUGCAUAGAGAACAGCCAUAAAGUCCUUUUUGUUCUCUCUCCCAGUUUCGUAAAUAGCUGCUGGUGUCAGUAUGAACUGUAUUUUGCUGAACAUCGGGUCCUGGAUGAAAAUCAGGACUCCCUCAUUAUGAUCGUGCUGGAAGACCUCCCGCCCAACAGCGUGCCUCAGAAGUUCAGCAAACUCAGAAAGCUGCUGAAAAGAAAAACCUACUUAAAGUGGAGCCCCGAAGAACACAAACAGAGGAUUUUCUGGCAUCAGCUGGCAGCUGUGCUAAAAACAACAAACGAACCGCUGGUGAGAGCGGAAAAUGGACCCAAUGAGGAUAUGAUUGAGAUGGAAUGAGAGAUGAGGAC